GCAUGGAGUUGGCGAGGGGCACAAGGCGUCAUCCUGGAGGGCGAGGAGUGGGGCGCCAGAAGAGGGACUGGACGGGCUUACUGCAAGGGUUUUAGUUCGCCUUGAGCCCGGUAGAUGGCUCUUCCCGGCGCCUUUCCUCAAGUUCGGGGACAAGUAUUAUAAUUUCAAGUUCCAACCGAGCGACGUGGUGGUGAUGACGUACUCGAAGAGCGGCACGACGUGGAUGCAGGAGAUCGUGUGGACGAUGAGGAACAACCCGGAGCUGAACCAUCCCAUGACCAACACCCACAUCUUCGCCCGCUCGCCCUUCCUCGAGAUGGACAUGAUAGCCGCCUCGAGCGACAAGCCGCCCCCCCUCAACCACCCGAUGGUGCAGGCCUUCUUCAAGAUGUGUCCGGGCAAGAACCCUCUCGACGGACUCCAACUGCAGAUCACGGAGGUCCUGCCGGCGCCGAGGACCAUCAAGACGCACCUGCCCUUCAGCCUGCUGGACCCGUCGCUGCUGGACACGUCUAAGGUCGUGGUGGUCGUGAGGAACCCGAAAGACGUGAUCAUGUCCUUCCACCACCACUGCCGCCUCAUCAGUCUUCACGGCUACGUUGGGUCCUUCGAGGAGUUCGUUCAGUACUUUGUCGACGAUGACUUGAUGUACGGCCCGUACUGGCUGCACCUGAAGGAGGUGUGGGAGAAGAAGGACCACCCCAAUCUGCACCUGAUCUUCUACGAGGACCUCAAAGCCGACACGAUGAAGGAGCUGAAGCGGCUGGACGCGUUCCUGGGCACGGCGCUGACGGAGGAGCAGCUCAAGAGGGUCGAGCACCACACCUCCUUCAAGGUGAUGAAGGAGAGGGCCGAGGCCUUGGGAGGAGACAACGAGAUGUUCAAUGCCGACGUCUUGAAGAAUGACGGGGGCUUCUUCCGGAAAGGGCAAGCCGGCGACUGGAAGGGCAAGCUGACCCCUGAACUCGAAGCCAAGGUCGACCAGUACGUCCAGAAGAAGCUCGGUGACCUUCAAAUUCCCUUCAAGUUCUCUUAAGUUGUCUUGCGGUAUAAGUUAGCUACGAGGAUGUGGCUGUUACUUGACUGUAACUUGGCUUUAAUUACAACUCGGCUGCAGCUGUAACUUAGUUGUAAUUGCAAUUUAGCCGUAACUGUAAAUCCAAAUUUAUGGUGCGCUUUGCAAACAUAACAUGACAUUUGUAAAAUCUUCGGGAUUGAUAUU